AUGGCCAAAUUAGUGCACAAUAUACAGAAAAAACAGCAUCGGGAGCGUUCCCAAGAGAGUGGUCGCUCCAGACUGGGGUUUUUGGAAAAACACAAGGACUACGUCAAGAGAGCACAGAAUUUUCACCAAAAGGAAGCGACUUUGAAGAUUCUGCGCGAAAAGGCACAGCAACGAAACCCAGAUGAGUUCUACCAUGGCAUGCACUCGCGCAGCGUGGACUCCCGUGGUUUGCUCAAACAAUCCAGACACGCACGCGAUGAGGAUCCCAGUCUGUCUACCGCGCAGGUGAAACUGCUGAAAACCCAGGACGCCAACUACGUGCGCACUCUGCGGCAAAACGAGCGCCAGGUGCUGGAAAAACAGGCGCAGGAGACCAUGUUCAAGUCCAAGGGCGCCCACACGGUGUUUGUAGACAACCGCGAUGCAUUGCAGUCGUUCGAUGCUGCCAAACACUUUCGAACAACGCCCGAAAUGUUGGCCCGUCGCGAGAACCGGCUCACACGUGACCAGCUUGCUAGUCAAGGUCUUAAAACGGGCUCCGCUGCGGCGUUGAAAUCUUCGGGUAUGGAUGUAGAGACGUUACAUCGCAAGCGUCUUAAGAAGCUACGACAGAUACAGCAACACCAAGAGCGUGAGCGUCAGCUCUCAAGCGUAUUGGAGCGCAUGGACACUCAGCGUGAGGGCAUGAAGAAGGGCAAUAAGAAAAAGAUACAGGAUGCAGAAGGUAAGGUAACGUUCAAAUGGAAGAAACAGCGUAAACGGUAG